AUGGAAAAGAAUGACACCCAAGCGUCUAAGGCUCAGACAACGGAGUCAGUUGUAGAGACUAUUGCAGUAAACAACAAUAGUAAAGCUCUGUCUAAACGUCAGUUAAAAAAACUACGUCGCAUAGAGAGAGAUCCAAUCGAGCACCAAGCCAAGAAACGAAAAUCCAAGCGAGACGUUAAAAGCGCUAACCGUUUCCAGACCGAAGCGCCCAAAUAUUCAUUUAUCAAUGGUUAUCGGAUGGUAGAGCCAUACGUGUACGAAUUCCGUACGUACGCAAAAGCGAGAUGGUUUCAUCGGAAACUCUUGGAGAUAUUCACUAAGGAAUUUGGUGCUCAUUCACCCGACUAUUAUAAAUAUGCUAUCGCAUCAGGACGGAUCUCGGUGAACCAUGAGAUUGUACCACCCGAUACUAUCAUUGAGAAUGGAGACUUGAUCAUUCAUGUGGCUCAUCGUCACGAGCCGCCAGUGUCUGGAGACGAGGUGUCAGUGGUGUAUGAAGACCACGAUCUAAUUGUCGUGUCGAAACCACCUUCCAUGCCUACCCACCCGUGUGGGGCGUAUCGCCACAACUCAUUACACUCAAUUCUUCAAGCAACCCGACCGAGUCUUCCACAGCUACACAUCGUUCAUCGACUCGAUCGACUUACUUCUGGUGUUGUGCUUUUAGCAAAAAAUGCAACCAAGGCAAAGGCUUUGUCCAUGAUCAUCGCUGAUCGCCAGGCUUCCAAGACGUAUCUUGCGCGUGUGCGUGGGAAAUUUCCUGCUAUUCUCGAUGCAGCAGCCGAAAAGAUGCUUGUGAGCGAAGCAAAAGCAAAUUGUCCGGCUAGCGUGAUUACGUUUCCAGACGAGGGUGCAAUUCUCAUUAGCUGCCCACUUCGCUGUCUCUCUACUCGUGAUGGUGUGUGGGAGUGCCACGAGGAGGUCACGGGAAGGACGCACCAGAUCCGUUUGCACUUGCAGCUCAUUGGGUUUCCCAUUGCUAACGACCCGUGCUAUGGUGGAGAGUUACAUUUUGGUGAAAGCGCAGAACGUGUUAAGGAGAUUGCAGCUGCCAAGCGCAGCAAAGCUGAUUGUCCGCCCAAGGACCCUGUGGAUUUUACGACACCCAGAAAGGAGAACGAAAGCGAAGAAGAGUUUAUGAAACGGACUUGCACAUGGUGCUACGUUGGUGAAGCUGAAGCUUUCAAUGAAACACAACUGCAUUGUUCGAAGAUCUGGCUACAUGCCCUAGAGUACAAGCUUGAUGACCAAGCGUUUAAAGUCCCUGAACCGAGUUGGGCAGCCCUUUCAUAUAUAGGAAGUGCAUCACAAAUUCACCAUCACGAAGCCGACCACUUUUUGCAUCAUUUUGAUCACGUCUGUCUUGUGCAAGUGGCAUCCUCAAGCGCGAAAAUUGCUUUAGCACGCAGUCUGAUAGCAGUUGCAAUGUCUGGUUGUCGCACAGUGCAGGAAGCAGUGAUGCUCCAAAUGAUUGAAGCCUCGAUGACAAUGUGA